AAUGGAGUCAAUGGUUUCAUUGUAGUCGAUUUACCACCGGAAGAAUCUAAGCAUUUGCGCGGGCUUUGCACUCAAAAUGGCCUACGAUAUUUUCCUUACGAUUUUAUAUAUGUUUAUUGGGAAAAAGCCAACAGUACUUCAGCAGUACUUACUAUUGAUAGUCACGAUUUUUAA